CUUGCAUCCUGAGGGAUGAUUUUAGAGUUGUUCUGCCAGAUCUGCAGUCAGCCUGCAUAUCAUCUGUGGUCUGAGUAAAAGCACUCGCCAAGAACAAGCGACAGCUUGUGCCCUUGCAAGUGGCCGUGUCACCGCGCCGCCCGAGCCGGAGAGUCUGGAGGGAGGCGUGCUCUGAACUACGGCUCCCAUCAGCCCGUGCCGGCCGGCUGAAGGAAGUGCUCACGAUGACUCCUCCUGGACUUUGAGCAGAGAUUUUAAUCCCGAGAAGGGACGGGUUGCUGAGGCUUGUGUCUCACGCAGUUCAGGCGGUCGGUGCCUCGCCCCAGGAAGGGCCGCAGCUCUCCGUGCAGCCGAGCCGGGAUGGCGGCGCGGGUGUCCGUCCUGCCUUCCCCCAGGUGCCUGUUCGAUGACCCCGUGCAGAUCCGUGUGGCCGGUCUGCAGCCGCAGCAGGCGGUCACCCUCCGAGCCAGCCUGGUGGACGAGAGCGGGGAGCUUUUCCAAUCCCACGCUCUCUACAGGGCUGGGAGCAGCGGGGAGCUGGACCUCAGCCGCUCCCCAGCGCUGGGGGGCAGCUAUUUGGGAGUGGAGCCGAUGGGGCUGCUCUGGGCUCUGCGGUCCAAAACGCCCCAUAAGCGGCUGGCAAAGAGGAACGUCCUGACCCCUUUCUGUGUGGACUUGGAAGUGUAUGAGGGCCAUGGGGACACGAGCCGCUUGCUGGGAAAAUGCACCAAUGAACGAUGGUUUUUAGGUGAGGGGGUGAAGAGGAUUUCAGUCAGAGAAGGUCGUCUCAGAGCAACCCUCUUCCUCCCUCCUGGACCUGGCCCAUUCCCUGGACUUAUUGAUUUGUAUGGAUCUGGAGGAGGUCUUAUUGAAUACAGAGCAAGUCUCCUGGCUAGCAGAGGCUUUGUGACUCUGGCUCUUGCGUACAUGUCCUUUGAAGAUAUCCCUGCUAUGCCAGACAUCCUUGAACUGAGCUAUUUUGAGGAGGCUGUGAACUUUUUGCGUAAGCAGCAGCAGGUGAAAGAUACUGGCAUUGGUGUUCUGGGCUUGUCUAAAGGAGGUGAUCUAGCCCUUUCCAUAGCCACAUUUUUACCUGGCAUCAAGGCAGCUGUCAGCAUAUCUGGAAGUAGUUUUAAUUCCUUCAUUCCCCUGAAGGGGGAUGGCUUCACUAUUCCUGUCCACCCAUAUGACUUGGGUAGGAUGAAGAUCAGUGAUGAGUCUGGAACAGUAGAUUUUUCAGAUGUCUUAGAUGAUCACAUGGACCCAGCAACUUGGGAUUGUCGCAUUCCUGUGGAGAGGUCCUUAGCCAAGUUCCUCUUCCUGUCUGGACUGGAUGACAUGAACUGGAAAAGUGACCUCUAUUGCCGGGAUGCUGUUCAGCGCCUUCAGCAGCACGGCCGGGAAGUGGAGUUUUACUCCUACUCUGGAGCAGGGCACCUCUUGGAGCCACCGUACUUGCCUCUGUGCAAAAUUUCAAUCCACAGAGUGCUUGGGAUGUUGGUGCAUUGGGGAGGGCAGUGGAGAGAGCAUGCUAAAGCCCAAGAAGAUGCGUGGCGCAGGAUACAGGCCUUUUUCUGGCGACAUUUGAUGGACUCGGACAUCCCUAAGAUGACGGCAUCAGACUGCUAUGUUCGCUUGUGGCUGCCAUCUGCUUCACCUGGAAAGCUUCAGACCAAAACCAUCAGGAAUUCUGACAACCCUGUCUGGAAUGAGACUUUCUACUUUAGGAUCCAGAGAGAAGUUGAGAAUAUUUUAGAAUUGGCAGUGUGUGAUGAAGAUGCACUCACCAAAGAUGACAUGCAGUUCACAGUUCUUUUUAAUGUUGCUAGAAUCAGACCUGGGGAGAGAAUCCGUGAGACAUUUGCUUUGAAAUCAGAGACAGAGAGGUGCUAUAAGAAAUGGGAAAGUUUGGAAGUGGAAUUCUGGAUGGAAAGAGUUCCUGGCCCUCCAGAGCAUCUGAUUACCAAUGAUGUCCUAGUGUCUCGUGAGGUUUGCUGUUUGGAAGUGCACGUGGACAUUAAUGAAAGCAGGAAAUACUUGAAAGAGGGUAAAAAUCUCGUGCUUACGGUGCCUGCCUCUCAUGAGAGAACACAGAAGACGACAGAGGACACCGAUACUUUCUACUUCCACUGCGUGAAGGCUUGGGAGCCAGUUCUAAAAGUCAGGCUGCAGAAAGUUUCUGAUAAGGAAGAUGACAACAGCAAUUUAAGUGACACCUUAACGGUACCGCUGAAAUUUCUCCCUGUUGGGCAUAAAGUGAAAGUAACCCUUCCCGUAAGACAUAAUGUGCCACUACAGUUGUACCUCCAACUAAAUGCUUGCACAGAAAAACUAGAUCUGCGCUUAGGGUAUGAUCUGUGCCAAGGAGAGCAGGAGUUCCUGCAAAAGAGGAAGAGAGUCGUUGCUGGUGCCCUGAAAAGGGUUCUUCAUCUGGAAAGAGAUCUACAUGGACAUGAGGUCCCAGUAAUAGCUGUUAUGGCAACAGGCGGAGGUCUCAGAGCAAUGUCAGCUAUGUUUGGCCACCUCUUAGCUCUUCAGAAGCUAAAUCUGUUGGACUGUGUCACCUACCUCACUGGGGCUUCUGGCUCAACAUGGACCCUAGCAGACCUGUAUGAGCAUGCUGACUGGUCACAGAAGUCUCUGGAGGGGCCACUUAAAGCAGUAAAAGAACAAGUGACAAAAUGCAAACUCAACCUUAUGUCUAUAGACCAUCUGAAGUAUUAUCACAAGGAACUUGCUGAAAGGGCAAAAGCAGGACAUGUGCCAUCUUUUACAACUCUUUGGUCACUUGUUCAGGAGAUGUUCUUACAUGAACGGCCAAGAAAGUACAAACUCACAGACCAGCGCAAGGCAUUGGAGCAUGGACAAAACCCACUGCCUUUCUAUGCAGUCCUCAAUGUGAAAGAGGAGAAGUAUGGUACUUUCAAAUUUAGAGAGUGGACAGAUUUCUCUCCUUACGAAGUGGCCAUACCAAAAUAUGGAGUCUCCAUUCCUUCAGAAUAUUUUGACAGCGAGUUCUUCAUGGGAAGGAGAGUGAAGAAGCUGCCAGAAUCUCGGAUCUGCUAUCUGGAAGGUCUUUGGACAAACAUCUUUACUCGGAAUUUGCUGGAUGGCUUGUACUGGUCCUCAAAUUCAAAUGAAUUCUGGGAACGAUGGUCCCAAGAUAUGGUAGAUAUAGAAAAACAUUCUCCUGAGGAAGACGUUACUGUUAUCGAGCCUCCAUCUUGUUUGUCAGGAAAGUUGUAUGAAAUGUUUCAGGAUAUUAUGACCAAGCGUCCACUGCUGGGAAAGUCUCAUAACUUCCUGAGAGGCUUAGAGUUUCAUAAGGAUUAUAUCCAUCAGAAAAAAUUUAUUGAAUGGAAAGACACUGUGCUGGAUGGCUUCCCUAACAAUUUGACACCGCUGCAGAAAUAUCUUUGUCUGAUAGAUGUUGGCUAUUUCAUCAACACCAGUGGUGCAGCACUUUUCAAGCCAGAGAGGAACGUAGAUGUCAUUAUAUCCCUUGACUAUGGUUUGGGACAUGUGUUCAAGCAAUUAGAGAUGACAUACAAAUAUUGCAAGAUACAAAAUAUCCCCUUCCCCAAAGUGGAGCUAAGUCCAGAAGAAGAGAAGAACCCAAAGGAAUGUUAUAUAUUUGCGGAUGCAGAGGACCCCAGAGCACCUAUAGUAAUCCAUUUUCCCUUGGUGAAUGACACCUUUAAGGAAUUCAAGGAGCCAGGGGUGAAGCGUGGUCACUCAGAGAUGGAAGAAGGCAAAGUAAAUCUGGAGAACAACUGCUCACCGUACUACCUCAUUAGGCUAAUUUACUCCUCUGAAAAUUUUGAUAAACUUGUGAACCUGAGCAAAUACAACAUCCUCAAUAACAAAGACCUGCUCCUCCAGGCGAUCAGGAGUGCUGUAGAACGAAGGAGAAGCAGAAGGACUGGGAAUUUCGCUAGCUACUCUGGAUACCCCUAGGCUGGGUUUUUGCCCUGUUCCCCACUGAAGGCUGUGGCAGCACAUUGCAACACAUCACAGUCACUUUAUAACAUAUCACAGUGUUCAUCAUUUGCAGAAAACUGACAAAACCUGUACAUUUCUCACCUUGCCGUGUUCAGGCUCCCAGCUUUCAGAAGGGUUUAUUUUAUCUCCUUUCCCCACAUUUUCAGACUGCAAGAGUCUCACAAUGUGGUCUUACUUGUUAAGAAAUUAGGGUCCUGGUAGGCAGAGACCUCCCAGGAUCUCCUUGAUAUUACAGUAUAUGGUGGUGGUGAUAGUUCUUUGUAUGAGCCUGUCCCUUCAACCCUGAGCCCAUUGCUGGUGUCCUUUCAAUACUUGAUUACAGAUCAAGUCCUGGCCAUUUGCAUUCAGUCAUGUCCAGAUUUUCAGAUAGGCUGAGCAACUAGAAUUUGCACUGAAUUGAUGGGCUCAGCUUUGAAGUCAGGCACAUAUAUGUGAAAAGCAGCCAAACUGCAAUGUGGACAAUUGCACUCUGUCUGGCCUAUUUCCCUUGCUGAUUUAGAAGUUACUCCUUUUUUCCAUUCCCCUGCAAGACUUUGGCACAGGAAUGCUGCUCCAGACUACCACAAAGGGGGCGGUUACAUUUCAAAAGAGAGGGCAGUAGCAGCAGGGAGUGAGCACAGCUCCUUCGAGCAUUGGCUGCAGGAAAAGUUCUGCAUAAAGCACAUGUGAUUGUAUUGAUUUGUAUCAGCAGAGCCUUUUUGGAUUAAAAUGUCAAGAGCCUGAAACAAGUUUUUCAUAGCAGAAGUUUGAGAGGAAUAAUUACCAAAGACUCAAGUACAUUUAAUUUAGUGAUCAUGACUGAGACGUAAGCUGGUUCUCCUUACAGAUGUAAACAGAAUGUAGGACAACAAACUCACUAACAGAGUGCAGAGCCAUUAUAUUUUCACACACAGAAGAUUUUUCCCUUUAUAUUCUUCUACCUCUAACAUCACAGGCAAAGUAUUUUUAAUAGGUGCUAUAUAAAAUAGAGCACAAAUUUAAAAAAAAAAUAGGACACACAUUUUCCUCCUUGCUGGUGGAAAAUAUUUGGAAAAUGACACCUGGUUUUCAUUUGCUUUGGAACGCAGUGAGAGACUUUGCUUUGAGCUAGAAGCUUGGAGCAUCUUUACAGGCCUCCACUAGAUUAAAAAGAUCAUAGGGAAGGAUGCUGAGCAAUAUAAAACAGAGCUUCACAGAAGUUGGAGAAGUUUGCAGACUUCCUCACACUGAAGGAUUUGGACCUGCUUCUGGAUUUUUUUUCCCAAACACAGCAUAUUCAUCAGGACUUCCAACGAAAAUCUUACAUUUUUCUUCUAUGUUGGAAAUUUACUUGAGCUCUAGAAUUAGUUGUACUUGAAAUCCAAAAUCAGACAAAGAACGAGAAAGAGGGGUCUGUUUUUUUGGUAUACGCAGACAAUAUUGAAGCUCAAAGAGAGAGCAUUUGCAAAAGACUUGAUUGCCUGAAGCCUGCAUCUACUAAAUGCUGCUUCUGCUGCAAUGGCAAUGGCUGAGGCUCAGCAAUGCUUCUUGUACAAUGUUUACUUGCUGAGCUAAGGAACACCAACCAGAACUGAGGAGCCUUAACGGCUGGAAUGCAACUAUACCUCGGGAUUCAGAUCAUGGGAAGUUAAGAACUAAUCAGAUACUGGCUGCAAGACAAAACAUAAAGAGCCAUUUUGAGUUGGGAGUUGAUCCAGCUGGAUCUGUUACCCUUUCACAGGAGAGCAGCAUGUCCUGGCACAGCAUUGUGCGGCACAUACAAGCCCAUGUGGCUCUGUGCACACACGUGCACAGGGUGUGCAGCAUUUCCAUGCUCCUCUGGCUGGUCCUAGAAAGCUCUACUGCUGCAAAAAGAUGUUGCUGUUGUGUCCAUGGGCUACAGAGAACAAUCUGUAACCCUUGCGAACCUUGGCAGCAUGUACCCAGCAGUGAGGCAGCUCAGCCGCACUGAGAAAAUUUCAUUCAAAAUGCUCCACAGCCUAAUAAUUGGAGCAUGUUUGGUGCAUUCAUAGUGCUGCUAAUACAAACAGAAAGGCCCAGUAAAAUGUGAAGGAGCCAAAAAAACCACAAGGUUUUCAGGUAACCCACAGCUGGUGGGGAAUUACUGUUCUGAGGGACUGUAAAACCCUGUUAC